ACAACAGAAUCACAUUCAGGAGAAGUUCUUUAACCCGGAGUCCACCCACAACGACGUCCUCCUACAGGUGAUUGAAGCUUCCUCCAAUGAGUCAGUCAGUGAGGCUGCUAUCGGUACUGCCAUCCUGUUAGAGAUGAACUACGCCCUGCAGCCCG